AUGGCUGGCAAAUUCGACCCUAACAAUGCCCAGAAUCUCAUGGAGAUCGAGAAACAAUUCGCUGUGAAAGCUGUCGAACAGGCUCAGACGUACUGGAACCUCCUCGAAAAAGUCAACCCUAAGGAUCUCAAGCUCACCAAAUACGAUGACGAGAUCUUCGACCAUCUGAUGGCUACGUUCCCCGAGCUCAACCAGGAGCCAUACGAAAAGCUCGUCAAGAUCGACGAAGACUGGAUGAAGAGCAAGGACGGGAAGAACCGCUGGCGUACUUUCAUCGAGAGCUACAAGGACAAAGUCAAAGACUACAACUUCGGCUCGCUCAUUCGCACCGACGCGCGCGACGAAUACGGCGAGUCCAACACCAUCUUCGUUACCCGGAUACAGUUCUACGCGUAUGAGAUCGCACGCAACCGCCUAGGCCUAAACGAAAAGGCGCACCAGAUCGCCAUCGAAGACGCCGCCAAGGAAAAGGCCAAGAAGGAGAAGGAGGCCAAGGCCGCUGCGAAGAAGAAGGGCGGCAAGUCAUAG